AUGACAAUACUGUGUGCACCUUCACAGACUCCAGGUUACUAUGAUAUAGUAGCAGAAGACAUGUCUGUGUGGCACGUUCCCAACAACUUCCCAGUGGAGCACUGGAACCUGGCAGCCAUCCUCCGCUACCACACUAGCAACCGCUUCCUCCGCCUGUAUGGAGGAAACCUCUUUGAGCUCUUCAAGCGAUAUCCAGUAAGAUACAAUGUUGGCUCGUGCAGCAACAGAGGCCCAGCUGUUCCCAUUGUGUAUGACCAUGGAGACAAAGAGUCCACCAAGAUGUUUUAUGGACCCAAAUCAAGAGCGGAGUCUGAACCAGGUUUCAUCACAUUCAGACCAAUAAACAACGAACGUGCAGCCAUGGCUAUCUGCUCCGGGGUCAAACCGAACACUGGAUGCAACACUGAACACUACUGUAUAGGAGGAGGUGGAUAUUUCCGUGAACACCAUGAACAGUGUGGGGACUUCCCGUCAUUUGACUGGGACAGACUGGGAAUGGAUCAAGGCUGGAGCGCUUCCAAAGAGAUGAGAGAGGCUGCUGUGUUACUGUUCUACCGCUGAGAGGAUUAUUGUCACAUGUACAUUGUAAAGUCAGUGAAUCACAUGAAAUACAUUUUAAACAAAUUCAAAUGAUUGUAAACUUCAAGUAAAAUAUAAUAGAAUUAGUUAGUUCAGUGCAUGAAUGCAGCGUAUGAAUGAGG